AUGCCUCUCACGAUCCUCAGCGACAAGGACGUCAGUCGCAUCCUCCACUCCUUCAACAAAGAAGACGUGCUCGAGCUCCAGCAAUCCCUAGCCGAUGCCCUGCACUGGUAUUCCACAUCUAGCGAUGCCAACGACUGCUGUUCAGAUUACCAACCAGAGCGGACACAUCUGAAGAGGAAAGAUGGCUCCACCACUCUCUUCAUGCCCGCCAGUAGCAUGAGCGGCCAAGGAGUGAAGGUCGUCAACAUCGUCCCGCCAGAUGCCGGUGGUAUCGGUCCUCCGCUGAGAGAGUCAUCAACGUUGGGCUCGGAUGGCGAUUCUCGUAGCUCGUUAAGCUCUGUAUCGCGCUCAGGCUCGACUGCUACGACAGGGACGUUGGGCUCGCAGUCUUCGCUGCCUACUACUGUCUCUGAGACGGCGGAUGAGACUGGGAAGCUGUCACUGCAAUCUAAUCCCGGGUUCGAAAACGCCGUUGCCAGCAUCAAAGGCUCGUUGACACUGCUCGACCAGGCUGGUAACACGACAGGACUCAUCAACGCUGAAGAAGUGACGGCUUUCCGCACUGCCUUGGCCUCCACGAUGCUCCUAAAAAAACGCCACUCCGUCCACGACGUGACGGUCUUCGGCGCAGGAAAGCAAGCAUACUGGCACAUCCGACUGGCCCUCCUACUGCGAGGUCCCGAGAUCCACCACCUCAACAUCGUCACGCGAAACUUCGAAAGCGCCCGAAAAUGCAUCAUGCGAGUUUACAAUCCCCUGCCCGACGAUCCAGACUACGUCAACCCCGUCGGCGCCAAAUACAACAGCAAAACCAAAACGAACAUCCUCACACCCAUGUCCGGCGAAUACGAGCGCCUCAUUAAAGAAUACGUCCGCGCCAGCAACGUCAUCUUCUGCUGCACGCCGUCGACAACACCCCUCUUCCCAGCGACCUACCUGACCAACCCCGAAGGCCGCAAGAAGGGCCGCUACAUCGCCUGCAUCGGCUCCUACAAACCGCACAUGGUCGAACUCCACCCGGACGUCCUCCGCUACGCCGUCGCCCCCCACCACGAACACCGACACAUCCACAAGCGCCAGAAAGAAGGCGGCGCCAUCAUCGUGGACACUGUCACGGGCUGCCUCAAGGAAGCCGGCGAGGUCAUCCAGGCGAAACUCAUGCCGGAUCAAGUCGUCGAGCUGGGCGAGCUGUUCAUGCUGAAGCGGGAUGCUGAGGCGCGCAUGAGGGAGAAGGGCGAGAAGGUGGAGGAGGGGUGUAAUUUCCAGGAUAAUUCUGGACUGAAGGAGUGGUUGACGAGGGGGAAUGUGAUUUAUAAGAGUGUUGGGUUGGGGUUGAUGGAUGUUACGGUGGGGAAUGCGUUGAUUGAGAAGGCGAGGGAGAGGGGGGUGGGGACGACGAUUGAUUACUUUUAG